AUGGCCGAGUCCCAGCUGAGCUGCCUGGACGAGGCGCACGUGAACGAGAGGGUGACCGAGGCGCAGGCCGCCUUCUACUACUGCGAGCGGCGGCGGGCCGCGCUGGAGGCGCUGCUGGGCGGCGGCGAGCAGGCCUACCGCGAGCGGGUCAAGAAGGAGCGGCUUCGGGACUUCCUCUCCAGCCAGGAGCGCCAGGCCCUCCGCGCCGCCUGGAGCCCCUACGAGGAUGCCGCCGCCGCCGCCGCCGCCGCUCGGGGCAAGAGCAAGGCCAAGGCCAAGGCCCCGGCCCCGGCCCAGGCCUCUGCGGAGCCCGGAGAGUCCCUCGCCUACUGGCCCGACCUCUCCGACACCGAGGUGCCCCCGCUGGACCUGGGCUGGACCGACACCCGCGUCUACCGUGGCGUGAGCCGCGUCACCCUCUUUACCCACCCCCCCAAGGAGGAGAAGGCACCCCACCUCAAGGAGGUGGUCAGGCAGAUGAUCCAACAGGCACAGAAGGUCAUUGCUGUGGUCAUGGACCUCUUCACUGAUGGUGAUAUCUUCCAAGACAUCGUGGAUGCUGCGUCUAAGCGCCGGGUCCCGGUGUAUAUCAUCCUGGAUGAGGCAGGCGUAAAGUUUUUCCUGGAGAUGUGUCAGGGCCUGGAGCUUGCUGACUACCGUAUUCGGAACAUCCGUGUCCGCUCUGUGACAGGUGUUGGCUUCUACAUGCCCAUGGGGAAGGUCAAGGGGACCCUGUCAUCAAAGUUCCUAAUGGUAGAUGGUGAAAAAGUAGCCACUGGAUCUUACAGGUUCACCUGGAGCUCCUCCUACGUGGACAGGAAUCUUCUCCUCCUCCUGACGGGGCAGAACGUGGAGCCCUUUGACUUGGAGUUCCGGGAGCUGUAUGCCAUAUCUGAGGAGGUGAACUUGUACCAGGAGCUGAGCCUGGCGGGAGGUGCCGGGAGGCUCAGCCCCAACUACUCCUCCACCGUGGCUCGCAAGCUGAUCAACCCCAAGUACGCCCUGGUGGUAGGCAGCCGCCAUCCGCCGGGCGAGAUGAUGCGCUGGGCCGCCCGGCAGCAGCAGGAUGCGGGGGGCGACCCCGAGGGGCAGGAGGAGGGCAGCAGAGGCGGCGAGGCGGCCCGGCGCCUGGAGAACUUCCUGAGUGACCUGGUCACGCUGGAGCAGGUGCUGCCCCCCGUGGAGCCCGUUCCCUCUGGAGAGCUGAUUCGGAAGGACGGCAGGGCGAUCUCCCACCUGCACAUGGACCUGAAGCCCAAACCCCGCGAGGCGCUUGUCCGAAACGGCAAGGGAGAAGCCGCCAACGGGGAGGCCACUCCGGCCAAGGAGGGCAAGCGCUUUAGCAACAGGUUCUUCAGUCGCCGGGCCAAGAGGCCCACGGCACCCAAUGGCACAGCCAGCUCCCUCUCCACCGAGACCUUUGCGGAGGUGGAGUUUGUGCCGGGGAAGAAGUCCAACGAGGGCUCCAGCGCUGACAUCUCAGGCAAAACGAAUCCCAGCCCUUCCAAGGCCAGCAAUUGCGUGAUCUCCUGAGCCACACAGGCCAGCGGUGGGCAGGACCUGUGGAUGCCCCAGCCCUGUCCUAUGGAGAAUACAGGUCAAACCCUGCGCCAGUUUGCACUUCGGACCCUUACUUGCUUCCUGCCCAACAGCCUCCAUCCUGGCCUCAGGGACCCUCAAUCCCAGAUGUGAGAGUCGGCAGCACAUCAAGACAAUCACACGCCACCGCCGUGAGACUGUCGCCGCCGGGCAGGGGUCACUCCUUCUUGUUUACAUGAAGUGGAAGCUUGACUAAUAUCUGCUCUCCUUUAUGCCAGACCCCCUCCCUCCACUGGGCCAACCUUGCCCUGCAGGUCCCCAGAUGGGGUGAGCCCAAUGCGAUAGGGUCUCCAGGGCAGCCCCAGCCCCCUAACUUCUCCUUCCCCGGGCUUCCUGGUGCUUCUGGUCCCCCAAGAGGCUUGGUGGGAUAUGAGGGAAGAGGAUGGGGCUCUGAGCCAGGGAGCCAGUCUUCCCCAAGUCUCUGAACUCAGGGUGGAAGGGGCAGCUAGGGCAGCCGGGGCACCGGCCGCUGUCACCUUCCCAGCCUGGUUCCUGCAAGGCUCCCGUACUAGACCCAGAGUGAAAUGAGGGGAAGGCCUCUCCUCAGCCAGUGCCAGGAUCUGACUCUGCCAUUCAGAGGGCUCUUGUACUGAAGUCUCCUUCCCCUCCCUCCCCACUGUCUUAGCAGUCUCCGCGCCAGUGGUCCAGACCUCCUCGGCUAUUGCCUGCUGCAAGCACAUACGGGGGUUCUUCUAGUGCCUUUAGCUGGGGCUGCUGCUUCCCUUUAAUGUGCCUUGAUUUGCAGCCCAGGGCAGGGAGAGAGAGCUUGGUUGGGAGUGGGAGGCUCAAGCGGUAUGGGAGGUUGAGCCCUGCAGACAAGAGCAUUUAUCCUUUCCCCCACCCCUGAGAUAGCCCUCAGCCCCCUUCACCAGCCAGUGUGCCUGCCCUAGAUACAGUCCAGCCAAAGACCGGCCUUCGUCUGCUGCCAAAGGACAGGCUGCAUUUAGGAGCCUUAGCCUCCCCUCAUUGCCACAACAUUGGCCAGGGACAGCAGCCUAAAGUCGCACAUUGCCCCCUCCCCACUUGUGUGACUGAUGGGGUCUGAGGAGAGAUUUCUGGAAUGGACAACAGAGAAAUCGCCAAACUUCAGGCUCUGAGAGCCGACUGCUGGGGGGCCCUAGCCACAGGGGGGACGGAGGGGCCCGCAUCACCCAGUGGAAGCGCCCCCAGAUGGCCUCUUUCAGCCUCUUCUGAACCAAACUCUUGUCUUUGUGUCUUUCCUUCUGCAAAAACCCUGGAGCACCAGCAGCACCUGGGGGAGGAGCCCAGAUGCUGGCUUGAGGGAGGGCACUGGGGGCACUGAAGCAAAGCAGGAGGUGGGAUGGCCCAGUGCAGUUGUUGGAGAACCUGGCCUCUUGUGGUAGGAGGGGAGGGAACAAGGAAAGGAAAGGUGAGCCUGGUUCCCAGGGGCUCCUCUCUAUCUUGAGGCUAGUUUCUAGGGUGUUGGGUGGGGGGGCAGGGGAUCCCCAACCCACCUCCCUGAGCUUCUAUGAGGAUUAAACACUUCCUGGGAA